AUUGAUAGGCUAUGUAUGGCCCAGAAGUACCGGUGCGAUAGGGAAGAGACGAACGCCGACCUAAGAAUAAAGGAGAUGUUUCUGUUUGCCGCCGACCAGCAGGACUUCCCCACCAACGAGGUCCAAAUGAAGGCAUUUUGCAAGGACUCAAAACGACGCGAUACUGAAAUGAAAACAUACGCCGAGAAAUGUCUGAACAGUAAUACCAAAAGUGUUACAAAUUUAUUGACUUAUUCUGUGAGCAAAAACACUGCCAACACAUGUAAGUCCCGGCGCCGGUCGCAGGACUUUCAACGGGUGGGCGCGUGCGGUAACGCCGCCCGAAAGGGUGCGCGCAAGUGUUGGAACAAUUGGAUCGACACCACGUACACCAUAACCCGUAUAAGCAAUCAUAAGCUUAAGAUACCGUUAUCAUGUUGGUCAGUCUAA